AUGGCGAAGGAAGACGAGGAUGAGAAGAAACCCAAGAAGGGGAAGAAGGGGAAGAAGGCGCCGGAGCCGGAGAAGCCCAAGCGGAGCCUGAAGGGGACUUCGCGGCUGUUCAUGGGCUUCCGAGACCGCACGCCCAAGAUCUCCAAGAAGGGGCAGUUCCGGAGCGCGUCGGCAUUCUUCUGGGGCCUCCACACCGGACCCCAGAAGACCAAACGCAAGAAGAAGGCGCGCACGGUGCUCAAGUCCACGUCGAAGCUCAUGACGCAGAUGCGCAUGGGCAAGAAGAAGCGCGCCAUGAAGGGCAAGAAGCCGUCCUUCAUGGUGAUCCGCUUCCCGGGCCGGCGCGCCUACGGCCGCCUGCGCCCGCGUGCCCAGUCGCUCAGCAAGGCGUCCACGGCCGUCAAUUGGCUCACCAAGAAAUUCCUCAUCAAGAAGGCAGAGGAGUCGGGCAGCGCGCAGGCCACGCUGGACGCCUGGAUGGACCGCUCCAGCUCCCGCAUAGGCUCGCGCAAGCUGCCCUUCCCGUCGGGUGCCGAGAUCCUGCAGCCCGGGGGUCGCCUGCGCAGGUUCCCGCGCGCCCACAGCAUCUACGAGUCGGGCGAGCCCGUGGGCUUCCUGCCCUUCGAGGACGAGGCCCCGUUCCGGCACUCGGGCUCCCGCAGGUCGCUGUACGGGCUGGAGGGCUUCCAGGACCUGGGUGAGUACUACGACUACCACCGCGAGGGCGACGACUACUACGACCGGCAGUCGCUGUACCAGUACGAGGAGGAGCCCUACCGGGGCGCCUACGGCCCCCGCGGCCCGGCCUGGCCGCCCUACGACCACCCGCACGGCUACCCGCCCGAGGACCCCUACGACUACUACGGCCCCGACUACUACGGGGGCUCCUUCUACUCCGACUACGGCUACCGCUAUGGCUACGACGACUACGAGCCCCCCUACGCGGCCCCGUCGGGGUUCGCGUCUCCCUACGGCUACUACGACACAUACGCCGGCGAGGCUCAACUGCACGGCUACUACCACGACUCCUACAACCCUUCCGACGCGCUUUACCCGCCCUACCCGCCCUACGACCUGCCCUACCUGGAUCCCUACGCGCCGCCCUACAUUGCGCCCUACGGUGCCUCCCAUGGUGUCCCCUACGCCGAAGGCGUCUAUGGUGGCGGGGACCAGGCCAUCUACCCCCCCGAGGGGCCCUAUCUUCCGCCGGAGCAGUCGGCCUUCGCGUACCCGUGGGUGCCACCGCCCAUCUUGUCGCCUCACAACCCGUACGCCCACCCCAUGGAUGACAUCGCGGAGCUGGAGGAGCCCGAGGAGGCGGGUGGUGAGCGGCAGGGCACCUCCUUCCGCCUGCCCAGCUCUGCCUUCUUCGAGCAGCAGGGCAUGGACAAGCCCGCCAGGUCCAAGCUGUCCCUCAUCCGCAGGUUCCGCCUCUUCCCGCGGCCCCAGGUGAAGCUGUUUGGGAAGGAGAAGCUGGACGUGCCGCUGCCGCCCUCCCUGGACAUCCCUCUGCCCUUGGGAGAUGCGGACGAAGACGAAGAAGAGGAUGAGAUGCCGCCGCUGCCCCCGGUGCCCUACGGCCACCCCUUCUGGGGCUUCCUCACGCCGCAGCAGCGCCGCCUCCAGCGCGCCCUCUCGGCCUUCGGAGCCCCCCGGGGCCUGGGCUUCAGAUCGGACUUCGGACGCCCAGCGCCGCGCCCGGCCACCUCGCUGGCGCGGUUCCUCAAAAAGACCCUGUCGGAAAAGGAGCCCAUCCCGCGGCUGAGGAGCAGCAAGAAGGCCCGGGCGCGAGGCCCGGCGGUCAGGGAGGCGGCCUAUAAGCGCUUCGGCUACAAGCUGGCCGGCAUGGACUCCGAGCGGCCCGGCACGCCCAUCGUGCUGCGAAGGGCGCAGGAGCGCGUGCGCAACAACAAUAACUCCCACCGUCCGCCGACCCCGCCGCGCGCCCCCAGCCCCGCCCCCGGCCUGCCGCCCGCCCCGGCGCUCGCCGCCGCCGGCCUCGAGCCGGGCCCGCCCCCGCCGGCCUCGCCCUACGGCUCGCUCCGCCGGCACCCUCCGGCCUCGCCCUACGACUCGCUCCGCCGGCACCCUCCGGCCUCGCCCUACGACUCGCUCCGCCGGCACCCGCCGCCCUGGGCCGCCCCGGCUCACGUGCCCCUCGCAGCCCAGGCCAGCUGGUGGGCCUUGGCCGAGCCCCCGCCCGUGAGCCCCGAGGGGCCCCCUGACCCUCUGGCCUUCCCCGGACCCCGGAUCUCCUUCAGGGGCUCCCGCCGCUGGGGCGCGGCCUUCGGCUUCCCCGGGCCCUCGCCCCGGCCCUCGCUGAGGAGCCCGCCCCGCCUGGGCUACCGCUCAUCCCUGGGGCCCCGCUCGCCCCUGGGGCCCUUGUCCCCCCAGCCCUCCGUCCGCCCCGGCCCCCUCCGGCCGCCCUUCUCGCCGCCGCCCCGCCGUCCCCGCUCGCUGCGGGAGCCCCUGUCCCCGCGCCGAGCCUCGGGGCGCCCGGGCGCACCCCGGUCGCCCGCGCUGGGCUCCCCGCGGCCGCCCUCGUCGCGCUCCCCGCGGCCGCCCUCGUCGCCCCCUCUGCUGGGCCGCCGCCCGCGGAACCGCUCGCUCAACCUGCCCUCGCGCUUCCCGCGCACGUGGCGCAGGCUCAGCGAGCCUCCCACCAGGGCCGUGAAGCCCCGGCUGCGCCAGCCCUUCCCCCUGCCGCCCGGCCCUGGGUCUUGGCGGGCGGCUGCCGCGGCCGCGGCCGCGGCCGCGGCCCCUGCCCCUGCUCCUGCCGCUGCGCACCGCGAGAGCCAGCGCGAGCCCGAGGACUCGGAGACGCCCUGGACAGUCCCCCCACUGGCCCCCAGCUGGGACGUGGACAUGCCUGACACCCACCGGCCACCCUCGCCCUGGCCGGGAGGCCCAGGCAGCCUCCGUGGCUUCUCCAGGCCACCCACUGUACCCGCAAACCCCUUCCUCCAGCACGUGGGCCCAGGGCUAUCCCCUGCUCCCCAGCCUGAAAAUUCAGCCUCUGACUCAACCGGUGUCUUUCUGGGUAGACACCAUGACCCAGGACCUGGACAGCUGACCGAAUCGGCCAGCCCGAGCCCCAAGAAGCCUGAAGAAGAGGCCUGCCCGGCGGACCCCCAGCCACCAGCAGAGCCUGAACCCCCGACCGUGACACCCCCCAAGGAUUCCCCCUCAGAGCGGAAAGCACUGAGGCUCAGCUUCUCCUACCCGUUGGCCACCUCUGACCAGUUGAGGGCCACAUGGCCACCGUGGCGCCGCUGUGGGACACUGCCCAGGGCCCCAGCCCCCUUGGCGCCCUCUGGGGCCCCAGGACCCCUGCCCAAGGCGGGUGAAUGGCUCCAGGCAAGCCGUGGGCGUUUUGCUGUGGUCAUGCCUCGCGUGCAAAAGCUGAGCUCUCUCCAGCGAGCUUGUUCUGCUGCCCUGCAGCCUCCCAUCCAGGAGCCAGAGCCCAGGCCCCGGCUGAGAGCCUGGAGUCUGCUCCGCUCCCGCCUCUGGCUGCCGGCGGAGGCCCACCCACCCUGCACAGGAGUACACGCUCGCCCCUCGUCCUGCCACCUGCCCCAUGGGGGCCCCGGGGAAAAGGUUGGCCCCAAAGGCCGGUGGAACAAGAUGCACUCCGUCCGCAACCUGCCAUCCACACGGUUCCGCGAGCAGCACCGCGAGGACGGCGUGGAGGACAUGACGCAGCUGGAAGACCUCCAGGAGACCACCGUGCUGGCCAACCUCAAGACCAGAUUUGAACGGAACCUCAUCUACACCUACAUCGGCAGCAUCCUGGUGUCGGUGAACCCGUACCGCAUGUUUGGGAUCUAUGGGCUGGAGCAGGUGCAGCAGUACAGCGGACGCGCCCUGGCCGAGAACUCCCCGCACCUCUUUGCAAUUGCAAAUCUCGCCUUCGCCAAAAUGCUCGAUGCCAAACAGAACCAGUGCAUAAUCAUCAGCGGAGAGAGCGGCUCUGGAAAAACUGAGGCCACGAAGCUGAUUCUGCGCUACCUGGCAGCCAUGAACCAGAAACGGGCCAUCACACGGCAGAUAAAGAUCCUGGAGGCCACACCCCUCCUGGAGUCCUUCGGUAACGCCAAAACUGUCAGGAAUGACAACUCCAGCCGCUUUGGGAAGUUUGUGGAGAUCUUUCUGGAAGGGGGCGUGAUUUCUGGUGCCAUAACCUCGCAGUACCUGCUGGAGAAAUCCAGGAUCGUGUUUCAGGCCAAAAACGAGAGGAACUACCACAUCUUCUACGAGCUGCUGGCUGGGCUGCCCGCCCAGCUCCGGCAGGCCUUCAGCCUGCAGGAGGCCGAGACCUACUACUACCUGAACCAGGGUGGGAACUGUGAAAUCUCAGGGAAGAGAGACGCAGACGACUUCCGCCGGCUGCUGGCCGCCAUGGAGGUGCUGGGCUUCAGCGCCGAGGACCAGGACAGCAUCUUCCGCAUCCUGGCCUCCAUCCUGCACCUGGGCAACGUCUACUUCGAGAAGUAUGAGACGGACGCACAGGAGGUUGCCUCGGUGGUGAGCGCCCGGGAGAUCCAGGCCGUGGCCGAGCUGCUGCAGGUCUCCCCCGAGGGCCUGCAGAAGGCCAUCACCUUCAAAGUGACCGAGACCAUGCGAGAGAAGAUCUUCACCCCCCUGACCGUGGAGAGCGCCGUGGAUGCCAGGGACGCCAUCGCCAAGGUCCUGUACGCGCUGCUGUUUGGCUGGCUCAUCGCCAGGGUCAACGCGCUGGUGUCCCCGCAGCAGGACGCGCUGUCCAUCGCCGUCCUGGACAUCUACGGCUUCGAGGACCUGAGCUUCAACAGCUUCGAGCAGCUGUGCAUCAACUAUGCAAACGAGAGCCUCCAGUACCUCUUCAACAAGAUUGUCUUCCAGGAGGAGCAGGAGGAGUACAUCCGCGAGCAGAUCGACUGGCGGGAGAUCGCCUUCGCGGACAACCAGCCCUGCAUCAACCUCAUCUCGCUGAAGCCCUACGGCAUCCUGCGCAUCCUCGACGACCAGUGCUGCUUCCCCCAGGCCACAGACCACACGUUUCUGCAGAAGUGCCAUUACCACCACGGCGCCAACCCACUCUACUCCAAACCCAAGAUGCCACUGCCCGAGUUCACCAUCAAGCACUACGCGGGCAAAGUCACCUACCAGGUACACAAGUUCCUGGACAAGAACCACGACCAGGUGCGCCAGGACGUGCUGGACGUGUUUGUGCGGAGCCGGACACGGGUGGUGGCGCACCUCUUCUCCAGCCAUGCCCUGCAGGCUGGCCCUCAGCGCCUGGGCAAGAGCAGCUCCGUCACCCGGCUCUACAAGGCGCACACGGUGGCCGCGAAGUUCCAGCAGUCGCUCCUGGAUCUGGUGGAAAAGAUGGAGAGGUGUAACCCCUUGUUCGUCAGGUGCCUGAAGCCCAACCACAAGAAGGAGCCGGGCCUCUUUGAGCCAGAUGUGGUGAUGGCCCAGUUACGCUAUUCGGGGGUGCUGGAGACUGUGCGGAUCCGCAAGGAGGGCUUUCCGGUGCGGCUGCCCUUCCAGGUGUUCAUCGACAGGUACCGCUGUCUAGUGGCCCUCCAGCACAACCUGCCAGCCAGUGGGGACAUGUGUGUGUCCAUGCUGAGCCGCCUGUGUACGGUCACGCCAAGCAUGUACCGCGUCGGCGUCAGCAAGCUGUUCCUGAAGGAGCACCUGCACCAGCUGCUGGAAGGCAUGCGGGAGCACGUCCUGAACCUGGCAGCCCUCACGCUGCAGCGCUGCCUCCGCGGCUUCUUCAUUCAGCGGCGUUUCCGCUCCCUGCGCCGCAAGAUCAUCUUGCUGCAGAGCCGGGCCCGUGGCUACCUGGCCAGGCAGCGGUAUCAGCAGAUGAGGAGGCGUCUGGUGAAGUUCCGGGCCCUGGUGCACACGUGCACAAGCCACCAGCGUCACCUCAAGCCGAGGGCGGAGCGGAGGCUCUGGGCGGCGGAGGCGCGGCUACGGGGGCAGGAGGUGGGUGCGGGGCUCCGGGUGGCCGCAGGGGACCGGAAGGGAGGCCAGCAGGAGCUGAGCAAGCGGCAGGUGGUGGCUGUGGGGCACCUGGAGGUCCCGGUGGAGCUGGCUGGGCUCUUGCGAGCAGUGGCGGGCCUCAGGACGGGCCAGGUGCCCCGGGUGGCCCCCGUGCGGACUCCCCGGCUCCAGGCUGAGCCCCGGGCCACGCUGCCCCUGGAUAUCAACAACUACCCCAUGGCCAAGUUUGUGCGCUGCCACUUCAAGGAGCCUGCCUUCGGGAUGCUGACGGCGCCCCUGAGGACACCCCUCACGCGGCUGCCGGCGGAGCACCACGCGGAGGCCGUGGGCGUCUUCAAGCUGAUCCUGCGUUUCAUGGGCGACCCCCAGCUGCACGGAGCCAGGGAGCACGUCUUCGGGAACUACAUCGUGCAGAAAGGGCUGGCGGUGCCCGAGCUGCGGGAUGAGAUCCUGGCGCAGCUGGCCAACCAGGUGUGGCGCAACCCCAGUGCCCAGAACGCCGAGAGGGGCUGGCUCCUGCUGGCCGCCUGCCUCAGCGGCUUCGCGCCUUCCCCGCGCCUCGACAAGUACCUGCUCAAGUUCGUGUCUGAUUACGGGCGGAAUGGCUUCCAGGCUGUGUGUCAGCAUCGCCUCAUGCAGGCCAUGGGCCAGGCCCAACAGCAGGGCUCUGGCGCCGCCCGCACCUUCCCUCUGACCCAGCUCGAGUGGACGGCAACCCAGGAGAAGGCCAGAAUGGCGCUGGACGUGGGCUGCUUCAACGGUGACCAGUUCUCCUGCCCGGUGCACUCCUGGAGUACGGGGGAAGAGGUGGCCGGAGACAUCCUGAGGCACAGGGGGCUGGCCGACGGCUGGCGGGGCUGGACGGUGGCUCUGAAGAAGGGGGUCCAGUGGACAGAGCUGGCCGGCCACGACUACGUGCUGGACCUGGUGUCGGACCUCGAGCUACUCAGGGAGUUCCCGCGACAGAAAGCCUACUUCAUCGUGGGCACAGAGGGGCCCGCGGCUGGCAGGGCAGGUCCCAGGGUGUUUGGGAACAGCUGGGACUCGGACGAGGACACGCCCGCUAGGCCCCGGCCCCCGGGGCCCGCGCCCGCCAUGGCCAACUCCGAUGGGUACUGCAGCCACAGUGAGGACGGUACAAAUGGGGAGAUUGAGGCCCAGAGAGGGAGAGCGGCCCACCAAGACUCGGGCAGCCUUGGGGAGCCUGCUGUGCCCCACAAAGGACUGGACUGCUACCUGGAUAGCCUCUUCGACCCCGUGCUGUCCUACGGGGAUGCGGACCUGGAGAAGCCAACAGCCAUCGCCUACCGCAUGAAAGGGGGAGGCCAGCCUGGUGGAGAUGGCAGUAGCGACAGCAGAGGCAGCUCCCGGAGACCUCCAGAGCCAAAGCCAAAGCUAAUUCCAGGCCUGGACGCCUCCACACUGGCCCUGCAGCAAGCCUUCAUCCACGAGCAGGCUGUGCUGCUGGCCCGGGAGAUGACCCUUCAGGCCAUGGCGCUCCGGCAGCAGCCCCUGAGCCCCAACCCAAGGCCAUCGCCCCCAGAGAAACCCCUAGCGCCGGAGGCCCGGCCGAAGUUCGUAGGCACUGGACUCCCGGCCAAGCCCGUGCUCUUGCGCUCCGCUCCAAAGCCUGUGGCUCCCGCUCCUCUGGUCAAGGCCCCGAGGCCCCCCGCCAAGCCCGUGGCUGCCCCCAUUCUAGCUCAGGGCCGGGCGCCUCCGGAAUCCACUUCGCCCGGCCUCGAGCUGGUCCGGUCCUCGAUCCUCAACUCGGAGCACUUCCCGCAGCCCACGCAGCAGAUCAAGGACAUCGUCAGGCAGCACCAGCAGCCGGCCCGGGGGGGCCGGCCCGAGGCCUUCAGGAAGGACGGCGGGAGGGUGUUCGUGAAGCGGCCGGACCCCCACGAGGAGGCCCUGAUGAUCCUGAGGGGGCAGAUGAGCCAUGCAGCGGCAGCACCGGGCACCCAGGUCCCCAGAGAGGCCGUAGCCCUGGUGAAGCCAGUGACCAGCACACCAAGGCCAUCCGUGGGGCCCACUCCAGCGCUGCCCUCGCGGUCCCUGGAGCCGGCGGAGGACCCCGUGCAGACGCGGCUGCACCGCCUCCUCAGCCCCGACUUCUACGGCUACCGGAAUGCCCCCUGGCAGAUCUUCCUGCGCAAAGAGGUGUUCUACCCCAAGGACAGCUACAGCCACCCUGUGCAGCUGGACCUGCUGUUCCGCCAGAUCCUGCACGACACGCUCUCCGAGGCCUGCCUGCGUAUCUCUGCGGAGGAGAGGCUCCAGAUGAAAGCCCUGUUUGCCCAGAACCAGCUGGACACACAAAGGCCCUUGGUGACGGAGAGCGUGAAGCGGGCCGUGGUCAGCAUUGCACGUGACAGCUGGGAGGUCUAUUUCUCCCGCCUCUUCCCCGCCACGGGCAGCGUGGGCACCGGCGUGCAGAUCCUAGCCGUGUCCCACACGGGCAUCAAACUCCUGCGCGUAGCCAAGGGCAGCCACGAGGCCGGUGGGCAGCUUCGGGUCCUGCGCACAUACAGCUUUGCGGAUAUCCUGUUUGUGACCAUCCCCUCCCAGAACAUGCUGGAGUUCAACUUGGCCAGCGAGAAGGUCAUUCUCUUCUCAGCCCGAGCUCACCAGGUCAAGACCCUGGUGGACGACUUCCUCCUGGAGCUGAAGAAGGACUCGGACUACGUGGUCGCUGUGAGGAACUUCCUGCCUGAGGACCCGGCGCUGCUGGCCUUCCACAAGGGUGACAUCAUCCACCUGCAGCCCCUGGAGCCGCCUCGAAUAGGCUACAGUGCUGGCUGUGUGGUCGGCAAGAAGGUCGUGUACCUGGAGGAGCUGCGGCAUCGAGGGCCUGACUUCGGUUGGCGCUUCGGGACCGUCCAUGGGCGUGUGGGCCGCUUCCCUUCCGAGCUGGCGCAGCCUGCGGCCGCCCCCGACUUCCUGCAGCUGCCUGCGGAGCCGGGCCGGGGCCGCGCCGCCGCCGUGGCCGCCGCCGUGGCCUCCGCUGCCGCUGCCCGGGAGGUGGGCCGCAGGAGGGAGGGUCCCCCGGUCAGGGCUGGCUCCGCGGACCGCAGGGAGGAUGGCCUGGCUCUCCCACCGUACACGAUGCUCGAGUUUGCCCAGAAGUAUUUCCGAGACCCUCAGAGGAGACCCCGGGACGGCCUCAGGCCGAAAUGCAAGGAGGGUCGGGAGUCCAGAACCUUGGAGGACAUGCUUUGCUUCACCAAGACCCCGCUCCAGGACUCCCUCAUUGAGCUCAGUGACAGCAGCCUCAACAAGAUGGCCACAGACAUGUUUCUAGCUGUGAUGCGGUUCAUGGGGGAUGCCUCGCUGAAGGGCCAGAGCGAACUGGACGUGCUUUGCACCCUCCUGAAGCUGUGCAGGGACCAUGAGGUCCUGCGGGACGAGUGCUACUGCCAAGUUGUGAAGCAGAUCACAGACAACACCAGCACCAAGCAGGACAGCUGCCAGCGAGGCUGGAGGCUGCUGUACAUCGUGGCUGCCUACCGCAGCUGCUCCGAAGUCCUCCAGCCACACCUCGUUCGCUUCCUCCAAGACGUGGGCCGGACCCCGGGCCUGCCCUUCCAGGGGAUCGCCAAGGCCUGUGAGCAGAACCUCCAGAGGACGCUGCGCUUCGGUGGCCGUCUGGAGCUCCCCGGCAGCAUGGAGCUUCGCGCCAUGUUGGCCGGCCGCAGCUCCAAGAGGCAGCUCUUUCUUCUCCCCGGAGGCCUCGAGCGCCAUCUCAAGAUCAAAACGUGCACCGUGGCCCUGGACGUGGUGGAGGAGAUCUGUGCUGAGAUGGCUCUGACCCGCCCCGAGGCCUUUGAUGAGUAUGUCAUCUUUGUGGUCACCAACCGAGGCCAGCACGUGUGCCCGCUCAGCCGCCGCGCCUACAUCCUGGACGUGGCCUCGGAGAUGGAGCAGGUGGACGGCGGCUACACGCUGUGGUUCCGGCGCGUGCUCUGGGAUCAGCCGCUCAAGUUCGAGAAUGAGCUCUACGUGACCAUGCACUACAACCAGGUGCUGCCCGACUACCUGAAGGGCCUGUUCAGCAGCAUCCCGGCCGGCCGGCCUGGCGAGCAGCAGCUGCAGCAGGUGUCGAAGCUGGCCGCGCUGCAGCACCGAGCCAAGGGCCACGCCUACCUGCCCAGCACGCGCGAGGCCCAGGAGUACAUCCCGGCCCAGCUCUACCGCACUGUGGCCAGCUCGGCGUGGCUCAGCAUGCUCGGCCAGCACCGGCUGCAGAUGCAAGCGCUCAGCCCCCACCAGGCUCGCGCCCAGUUUCUGGGCCUCCUCAGCGCCUCGCCCAUGUUCGGCUCCUCCUUCUUCUUCGUCCAGAGCUGCAGCGACGGCGCGGUGCCCGCCCCCUGCAUCCUUGCGGUCAACCAGAAUGGCCUCAACUUCCUCAGCACCGAGACCCACGAGCUGAUGGUGAAGUUCUCCCUGAAGGAGAUCCAGUCGACGAGGACCCAGCGGCCCACGGCCAGCUCCAGCUACCCGUACGUGGAGAUCGCACUGGGGGAUGUGGCGGCCCAGCGCACCAUGCAGCUGCAGCUGGAGCAGGGCCUGGAGCUGUGUCGCGUGGUGGCCGUGCACGUGGAGAACCUGCUCAGUGCCCGCGAGAAGCGGCUCACGCUGCCCCCCAGCGAGAUCACGCUGCUCUGACCCAGCC